AUGGCGGCGCUGGCCAGCUCGCUCAUCCGGCAGAAGCGCGAGAUCCGCGACCCGGUGGCCAGCCGGCCGGUCUCCACGCAGCGGAAGGCGUGCCCGCGCGGCACCAAGUCGCUGUGCCAGAAGCAGCUGCUGGGGCUCAUCUCCAAGGUCCGCCUGUGCGGGGGGCGCAAGGGCCGCCUGGAGAAGGCGCCCGAGCCGCAGCUGAAAGGCAUCGUCACCAGACUCUUCUGCAGGCAUGGCUACUACCUCCAGGCCCACCCGGACGGCAGGAUCGACGGCACGCGAGAGGAUGCCAACGGGUUCUCUCUCUUUAACUUGAUUCCAGUGGGUCUCCGAGUGGUCGCCAUCCAGAGCACCAAAUCAGGACAGUACAUAGCCAUGAAUGCUGAGGGCUAUCUCUAUACCUCCGCUCACUUCACCGCUGAGUGCCGUUUCAAGGAAUGUGUCUUUGAAAACUAUUACGUGAUGUAUUCCUCCACCCUGUACCGGCAGCGGGAGUCAGGACGGUCGUGGUAUUUGGGCAUCAACAAAGAUGGGCAGGUGAUGAAGGGAAACCGAGUCAAGAAGACCAAAGCCGCUGCCCACUUCCUCCCCAAACUUCUGGAAGUGGCUUUAUAUCGUGAGCCAUCGCUACACAACCUUGUUGAACCAGCCCUGUCCAAGAAGGCAGAGGAGGAAGACAUAGCUGUGCCCCCUAUCAAAGAGAUAUCUAAGGCUGACGCCACGUAGCCCUGAGGAUGGGGGGGUGCAUUCUCCUUCUCCGCCCCUACCUUCUUCUCAUCUCAUGUGUGUCCCAGGCACGCAUCCCCACCCUACUGGCCACUCUUCCAGCCACCUUCUGAACAAACUCCUUCACAUUUCCUCUUUUAUUUCUCAGGAUGUACCCCCCACCUUUUCUCUCUUGCGUUCAGCUUUUGGGACUUUUAAGACCAUUUGUCAGGAGGGGAAGGUUCACAGGCCACAGACAUUUUUUCUUUUGGAUGAGAAGAAAUUACACAGAGAGAGUCUUCCAGUUCAAGCCAUAGCUGCAACACGGCCUCCAGCCUCCAGGGGGCAGCAUUGGGAUGCUGUGUGGGCAAAAGCCCAUCGUUCAGGCUUUCCAGCUUCCAUAGGGCAGACGGAAGUUGUUGCAGCUGUCAGGGAUACAGUUAACAUAGAAAAACGAUCCGUCUUCCAUGCAAGCAAGACAUUGCAAUACGGUGCUUUGCUUCUGCUGUGCUGAUGACAUGAGUUCCAACGUGUUAGGAGAAAGCCAGCAGGAAAAGGUGUGUCGACAUGGAGCCGGCAGGAAGUAACGUUCUGUCUCGUACUACAGGGAAAAAGAUCUUCUGUUUCAAAACUAAUUUUUAAAAAGUAACGUGCUAUACUGUUUUCAGUCACUGAGUGGUGACAUGGUCCUUCCUGGAAUCUGCAUGAGAUUUCGUUGCUGACUUCUUUGGAUUUGUGGACGACAGCAGCUGUUAAUGAUAUGAGUUUCCUUGGGGAAAAGGACAACAGAUUUGGUUUACCAGCUCAGGCGUCAGAGACUGCCCUCUCUCUCGUGGUUGCCUCAGGACCCAAAAGGAGGGGAGGGCCUUCCCCAAACUGUAAUCACUUAACAGUGUUCUAGUGGAGCAAAUUUUACAACCUGGAAUCUUUUUCUUCACCUAUGGGAUAUCAGUAUCGACUCAUUCGAAGAAAAUCAUACGCUUCCCAUCCUUUCUGCUGCAAUAUAAAAUUGUAAUGCCGAUGCAGGACUGGCGUGUUAUAAAUUAGCACCUUUUGUGCUGGAUCAAAUCCUCUCCAGCAAGAAUAGGAAAGAUUGUGCUCCUGUUUUGGGCCGCUAGGAGCCAACAAUUUCCUAUCGAAAAUGAAGACGUCUUAUGGAGCAGCACAGCCUGCUGGCAGAACCUUUCCCUACGAAAUGGAAUAAUACCCCAUUUGGCCACUGGAUGGCAACAUUGCAUUCAAAUAUCUUCCUAAAAAGUGCCCGCUUCCAUUGAAGAAACCAACCCAUAAAAUGCAAUACUCUUAUUUGGCCACUGAGUGGCAACUCUGUGGCAUAGCAGGACGUCUCGAACUUUAUUUGCAUGCUGCAAGGACCCUCCUGGCCUGGGGACUUUGGGAGAACAAUAGCCAAUAGCCAAUAACUCGGGGGAGGGUGCAUGCCAUAAAACUCUGCACCCACCCCCCACCCACCCCCCACCACAUCUCAGUAUGCCCAGCUCUGCCAUAUACCAGUCUGUACAGUAUUUCAACAGGCAAUAAAUUAAAAGGGCAGUGGGAGGGGAAGCCAAUGUG